AUGACCAACGAAAUGGAACCGAAAGUCCACCCCUUCUUUGAGUCCAAGACUUGUUCUUGGCAAUAUGUGGUAGCCUGUCCCAAAACAAAGGAGGCGGCCAUCAUCGACCCAGUCCUGAAUUACGAUCACGGGAACUUCAUCAUCACCUCCGAAUCUGCGGAUGAACUCAUUGAAUGUGUUCUGAAAAAAGGAUACACAGUCACCAUGUUGCUGGAGACACACGCCCACGGAGACCACCUCUCAGCCUCCUACUACAUCCAACAGACUCUCUGGUCCCGCGGACAACCUCACGCACCGAUCUGCAUCGGCGACAACGUCAUUGUCGUCCAAAGCCACUUCGGAAAAAAAUAUCAAAUCCCGAGACAAGAUACUGAGAACGCCUUCGACCACCGGUUCCAGCCCGACGAAGUAUUCAACAUUGGCGAGGUGACCGGCAUCGCCCUCCACCUCCCAGGACAUACACCGGACCAUGUGGGCUACAAACUGGGGAGCAAUAUCUUCACUGGAGAUAGUAUGUUCCAUCCAGAUAUUGGCAGUGGCCGAUGUGACUUCCCAGGUGGCGAUGCUCGGGAACUCUUCCGCUCCAUGAAACGCCUCCUUUCUUUUUCGCCCGAAACUAGAUUAUAUACAGGUCAUGAUUACCCUCCUUCCAAUGAGUACACGGCACGGGACCCAUUGCCGUAUGUUACGGUCGGCGAGCAGGAGAAGAAAAACAAGCACCUCAAGAAUGACUCGACAGAGGACGAGUUUGUGAAGUGGAGGAAUGACCAGGACAGGGGAAUGCCUGAGCUUAGGCUUGUGCACCAGGCUAUGCAGGUCAAUGUGCGUGGAGGAAAGAUGCCAAGCAAGUCGCACGAGGGAAAAGCAUAUUUGAUAUAUCUCAUUGAUGUCCCGAAGGUUCUGGUGACUGGAAGGUGA